AUCGUCAGUCUCUCUCUCAAUCUUCUCGAAGACAAGACGGGAACGGCAAAACCCUUUUUUUCUUUUCUUUUUUUUUUUUUUCUCGUCCCAGCUGUUACCAUCGAUCUCCGUCUCCUUGCGUCCAUGGCCGGAUUUGCUUUCCCGCACUGAUGAAACUGUAAAGCAAAUCGAGUCCUCGCUGUUUUCAGUCAUUUUGUUGGCUCAUUUAUUGCCCCCCACCCUAGUUCACAGCAGCAUCGAUGCAUAAGCUGAGGUAAGGUACCGCUAACAUUUUCAACCUGCAUAAAUCCCAUUCCCUCCCGUUUGUACCCUGCAAACAUUUCCGUGCUACGUAUUUGUUGGUAAACAUAUUCAUGCGUAACACAUGUCAUCUGGUCAGUGGCACGGUGACUUGCAUGGUAUAGGGAUGAAAGCUUGGUAGAAUAGUUGCCAUAUAACCGGGGUGUUUUCUGCUAUAACUACAGCAAAGUUUACAAAAUAGCCCACGCAGUUGCCAGGACAUCCUUCCUCCCCACAUUGAUGCCAGAAGCAGCGGCCAUCGAUCAAUCCGCCAACCACACUACUAGUCUAGACUAGUUCUAGAGCUCCAUGGUACCACUACUUGUCCCAACUGAAUCGUUUUUAUCAGUGCCACAGCAACAUUCACCAGCAACUCCAUCCCCGGCGCCAACGAAAUAGCGGGCAAAGGUUGUCAACAACGGCGGCUUGUGCAAAGCACCACUCGACGACUGGCGCCCAAACUGCCUAGUUCGCACAAUCAAGUCAACAAACCACCACUUCUAUUCGCUCAGCUCCGCCACUUGAAACUAGUUGUGGAAGCAAAACAAAGUAAAUACGUCUAGUGUGCUGCAAAUUCUGUACUGGUAUAGUAGUACCAGGAGAGAUUAAGAAAACCGACCUUGGCAUUAUAAACGGCCCCUACAAGGAAGGAGCCGACAUUCUGCAAAAAAACAAAAACAAAAAAAAAAUGACACCAUCACCACAAACCCCACUGCAUUCACGCCACACAUCGGUAGCAGACUCCUUCUCCAUGUCGCCCUCGAUGGACCGGCGACAGUCUCGAUCUUCCUUCAACGAUGCACCCUUGACUCCACACCGCAACAACAGUUUCGGCACCGCCGACAACACGAUGGACUUGAGCGGAUUCGGCAGCGGCGGUCCCAACAUGGCGGGCGGCGGCUCCGGGCUCGGCAAUCUGGCCGACGAGCUGGCGGGUGCCUUUUCGGACGAAGAGGAGGAUGACGACCCAUACUACGACGACGCCGACAACUCAGCCAUUGGUAUCGCGGUCACUACAGACGAUGCCUUGCAUGCCACUCGAGACAGCGGAGUCGACAUAGCCAGCGCUGGCGGCCGGGGAGGAAAGAAGAUGAGCGGUGACGGUCUCAGUCUGCCGACACCAAGGGGCCAUCGGAGGAAAGGGAGCGAAUAUGAUGGCAGUGAAUAUGGAUCGGACUCGGACUUGGACACGACGGACAUGCCACCGAGUCUUGUCGCCAAGAUUGAUGCGGUAGAGUCACUAGCAAGGAGGGGAACGGAGAGCAAUGGAGGCCCCACGGAUGGCGUCUUUCAGAGAGUGACGAAUCUGCUCCGGGACCUGGGCCCACAGGCCGGGGUAGAGGGUAGUACAACUCGGUUGAUCACAACGCAUACAGCUCUAUCCUCGCACCUGCACCACCAAUCACGGCAGAUCCAGACCCUAAGCUACGCCCUCUUCGCGCCAAACUCAAUACCCCCAGAUGCUGAGACAGUAGAGGAGCUCAUCCCCCUCCUCGACGCCCUGUCAGAAAUUAUACCACGACCUGCAACUGCGGCGCACGCCUCGCUGGCCUCGCUGCACGCUGUCACAGCAGAUGUGGUGCAGACGCUCAACUACCUGUCGGACACGCUGGCCAUGUCGCGGCAGACCACCAACGCAGCCACUCGCCGGCUGCGGAGCGCCAAGGAGAUGGUGGCCGAGAUUCGCCGCGAGGACGAGGAGCGCGAGGAGGCGGAGAUUUGGCUUACCAGGCACAAGUGGGGCGAGAGGUUGGCCAGUCGGGAGUGUGCUGCUGUCUGCAAGGACGUCGUCGGCGGCUUUGAGGACGUCUGCAAUUCAUGGCGGGCCAGGAUACUGGCGCAGGCCGAGACUGGCCCGACAGCUGCCUGAGUGACGUCCCCUGACUGGCAGCUGGCUAGGUGGAUUUGCCCUUGUGGAUGCGAAGCCACGCCGUUCUUGGGAAGCUACAGUACAAAGACGCGGACUGCUUCUUAUUUCUUAUUGCUUUUUUUAUGUCUCUCUUCUUUUCUUCUUUUCCAAGGGGGAUGGCUCUUUCCAUGCAUACCCACUUGAAAUUUCUUCUCUAUGUUAUUGCAUAAUCUUUGACGCUACCAGACAUGGCAGAGUAAGCAUGAUGCUGACUCUACUUGGCUGUGGGCGACGAUCACGAUCGGCGUUUUUGGGGGGAUAAGAGAAAUAUAUAGAAAAAGGCACAUGUUCGCGAGGAUGAACAUGGACGCCCAAUAGGUUUUUUCUCGGCAUAGAUUAUGAAAUAUUUUGAUGUUGGAAUCGGUCACUCUGGAGUCCAUUCCACGGAUUAUAUAUACCAGCAGUACAGUCAACCCUUGUUUGCUUGGUUCUGGUAACGCAUGGGAUCAUAAAGCGUCGCUAUGAAGUGGUA